AUGGCAAACACCCCUGGUUCCCCUCCACCUAUUCCAACCACUAAACUGCUCACCCAGGACUUCUUUCCUGGGGACCACUCCGCUGCCCAUGGCUGCCCCCACCUCAAACCCGUCAAAAGGACUGGUGAGAUCCUCAGCAACUACCAAAUCCUUUCUCGCUACAGUCUUCAUUUCAAGCAUCGUCACGCCCUCGGCAUCCUCCCUCCCAAAAAGCGAUCCAAAAGCGGAGCUGAGGCAAAGCCUCAGGAUCUACAAAGCACCAUUGAUUCCGCAAAACCAAUACCACAACUGCCUAUCCCUUCUUGCAUGACCUGCGAGACGACCAUGGGUAGGAUUCACGCCUGUCUCCAGUGUGUUUUCGUUGGCUGCUGGAAGGGAGGCCACUCCCAGAGUCAUUCACAGGAAACUGGACACACGCUAUCUAUCGAGAUUAGCCGAUGUGGCCUCUAUUGCGGCCAGUGCAAGGACUUUGUUUACGACCGUGACUUUGACGGUAUCCACAACGGCGAAGUUCUGAGAAACUCGGAGAUCAUCUCUAUGGUGCAAGAACCAGGUCAAAAGCGACCUCGAUUCUCUAAAUGGCAUGCAGGAAACAAAGAGGCCGCGCUCAUCAAAGCAGGAUCAAAGUUGCAGGCAUGCCAAGGUCUGCGAGGACUUCGCAAUAUGGGCUCAACGUGUUUCAUGAACGUAAUCCUUCAGUGCUUUAUCCACAACCCAUUGUUGCGAGGCUACUUCCUGAGCGAUCAACACAGCUCCAAGAGAUGCGAAGUCAAGAGCGAAUGUAUGGGCUGUGAAAUGGACCAGCUCUUUACUCAGUUUUACUCUGGAGUGAAGACGCCCUAUGGACCUUGCAGCUUCCUUCACACCAUGUGGAUGUCCUCUUCAGACUUGGCAGGAUAUGCCCAGCAAGACGCACACGAGUUCUUCAUCAGUGCCCUGAACCAGAUUCAUGCAAAGUCUCCAACUUCCAAGCUUCAUCAUUGCAGUUGUGUCAUCCACAAGACCUUUGCCGGUCUCCUGCAAUCGGACGUGACAUGCCUGAACUGUGCCAACGUGACGUCCGCAUUCGAUCCUAUCUUGGACAUUUCACUUGACCUGCGGGCCACAAAGCGGAGUAAAUCAAUGAGCAAGGUGCGAGGACUGAACGACGAGCGAAAUGAUGGACCAAACUCUCUGGCAGAUUGUCUCGACCGAUACACUCAUCCGGAAAAGCUGGGUACAAACGAGUACAACUGUAGCAAGUGUGGCAAGACAGGACAGGAGGCAACCAAGCAGCUCUCCAUGAAGGUCCUCCCUCCUGUUCUGAGCUUCCAGCUGAAGCGAUUCGAACACUCAAUGGGCGCGUCCAAGAUCGAGACAAAGAUCAAGUUCCCGGCACAAUUGGACAUGACUCAGUACACGACUUCGACCCGCAAAUCGAAGAAGUCAAAGCUGCAGAAGCUCAACGGUGGAUCGGGAUCCGAGAAUGGAUCCCCGUCCAACGCUUCGACUCCUUCAUCCACAACCUCCUCCCACGCGGGUUUGGAGCCCAUUCCAACUUAUGUCUACAACCUCUUCGCAGUCAUCAACCACCAAGGCAAGAUGGAUACUGGCCAUUACACGGCCUUUGCCAAGCAUCGCGGGGAGUGGUUCUCCCUGGACGAUCACAAGGUGACUUUGUCAACCCAGAAAGAGGUCCUUGACAGCAAAGCGUAUAUGCUAUUCUACGUCAAGCAGAACUUGGACUAUGACUAUUCCAGCGCCACCAGGGACUAA